GGAGCAGCCGGGACUCUUUCUUUACCGCUCAAACUCACAUUAGAGAAGGGGGGCGUGUGGGACAUUCAGAUAUCCUGCGAGCUCAAAUCGAAACGGCACCAGGCUGUCCGCAUCGUCGUCUUUAAGGUGAAAGUUAACCGGUGUGCGUUUGAGAAGAAGGCAAACAUGUCGUGGAAAGGCUACGUGGAUAACCUGAUGUCGGACGGAUCGUGCCAGGACGCCGCCAUUGUUGGGUGCACCGCGGAGGCUAAAUACGUUUGGGGAGCGCAGGAGGGGGGAACAUUCUUACACAUUACGCCCACAGAAAUCGAUGUACUCGUAGGCAAAGACCGAGAGAGUUUCUUCACCAAUGGCCUGACUUUAGGUUCAAAGAAGUGCUCCGUUAUUCGGGACAAUCUGACAACGGACGGUGACUGGACGAUGGACAUCAGGACAAAGAGUCAAGGAGGAGAGCCAACCUACAACAUCGCUGUUGGCAAAGCCACCAAAACGUUGAUUAUGGUCACGGGCAAGGAAGGUAUCCAUGGAGGGAUGCUCAACAAGAAAGCACAUUCUAUGGCUGAAUACCUGAGGAAAGCUGGAUAUUAAUACACCUCCCAACCUAGCUGCUCAUUCUUACCACUGCUAACCUCUUUUGAUGAGAUUUGCUCCGUCUAUUGGAUUCAAAUUCUUCCUUUAUUUCUGUACCCCCCCCCCCCCCCCUUAUAUCCAAUAGUGUUCAGCACUACAGUUUCAUUGUGAAACAACAUGGUAAAACAUUAGCGUAAAGACUUCAUCUUGGGUGUUUAGUUGAUUUACAAAGGGCGACUAGUCGUUUGUACGCAUAUCUCAAAUCCUGUUGAAUGCACACUAGUUAGGGUGGACGACACAUUUAAUGAACAGGAAUGGUUAAAUAUGGCGUCUGCACUAUCAAAUUUCUGUUUUCCUCAUAGCCAGUCAUCAAUAUAAUCUGGUUAGUUGGGUUUGUCUAUUGGGAUUUGGGCUGCAGGUAGUUUUUCCCUAUCAGAUGUCGUCUUGUUUUAAAUCCUAAAGGUCAACUCUAUGCAUAUUUUCAAACUUCUCUUAAAGUCCUAGUUAGGGCGGACCACAUUUAUUGGAUAAAACAUUAAAUAUGAUGUCAGCGCUGAGAAAAUUUGACCAACUUUGGGUUAAAGAGUUACAAUUCGGCUCUACCAGAACAAUUAUUUAAUAUUCCUUCCCCUUUUCAACGUCUAUUAGGAGGUAUAGUUGACCCUUGGUUUAUGGGUUGCAGAUUUAUUAAAGUUUUUUUUUUCCCCUGUUAGCACUGACUUACUAGAUUAAAACUGCAAAAAGACGACUGUAUAUAUGGCUUUAAGCCUAUUAAAUAGACACUAGUCAGGGUGGACAACAUGAUUAAUGAAUUAAACAAGGUCGUCUUAUCAAUUUAAAUACAAAAAAUUGAAAAUCCAUAUCAUGUUUUCCAUUGGUGCUUUUGGCACUACCUGGCUUGUAUUCUUUCUAUUUAUCGCAAGCAUCCAUUGAUUUAGGAUUUUUAGUGUUCUAGUUGGGUGACCAUUGGGAUUUGUGAGCAUUAUUAACCAUUAGCCCAAAAGGUUGACUGUAUUUGAGCAUACUGAAUGUAUCCUAGUCAUGGUGGACCAUGUUAAAUAUCGAAAAAAUACACUUCAUCAAUUCAUUAACACUAAAUAAAUCGAUUUUUGUGCAUUUUACACCCAUCAGCCCUCAUUUCUAGACCAAAUCUGUGCCAGGUUUAGCCCAAGUCAGUGUGGAUGCCUAAUUUAACUGCUUGAUUUUGUUUUUUUUUUUUUCAUUUAAAUAUGGCGUCUACUCCUACAAAUAUCCAUUUAUUUGAAUUACCCAAAGUACGUCGUCACAUUUUUGACUCUUUAGCACUACUUUGCUAUCACUAGCAUGUAUUAAUUGGGAUUUUUAAGUCAAAUAUUGGGUAUACAUUAAGUUGAGCUGCACUGCAUUUAUACUACCAACAGCUUUCGUUUUUAGACCAAAUCUGGGAAUGUUUGUCUGUAUGCAUAUUUUUGAGCCUACUGAAUGGAUCCGAGUUAUGGUGGACGGCAUAUUUAGUAGACAAAACCCAAUUAAAUAUGGAGUCUACUGGUGCUCAAGCUCUACCUGAAUGAUAAUAUUCCUUCCCUUCAUCAUGAACGGCCAUUAAUCAGGAGGUUGAGUGCUAUACUCUGUUGCCAUUGGGCUACGGUAGCAUUUUAUUAUGAUUUUUCUUUCCCCAUCAGCCACAGAAACUGAAUGUUCAUGUACAUUCCUUCAUUGCACUUACUUAGCUAGCUUAUAUAAUGUAUUUUAAACUUUCCCAUUUCACAACCUGCUCUUCCCCAGUGUAUACGCUUGAGGUUUUGUCCGUCGGACCAAUUUUUGUCACUCCUUGGGGGUUUUUUACGCACUACCAAUGAAACACUAGCGUCUGGUUUUGUCAGCUCUAUCAAGACUUGAAUUUACCGUACAUGGAAAACAAAAUUGCCUUGGAUUUUGUCAUUGGUUAAACUGUCUGCUGUUUUAUCAAGUCCAAAUGUUGAAUAAGUGUGUGACACUCCAAUCAUAACGUGUGUCCUGUGCCAUAAUGUCGAGAGGAUCUGUUGUUAUUGAUUCAAACAGCUUUCCGGAUUAUUCUGUGUCUUUUGUUCAGGGGUUUUGGGAUCAAAUGUUCUGGGAUGUUUGUCAAAACCUCUUCUUUUCCCCUCUACUUUAUCUUGGACACCGUCUGAUUUCAUACGCAUAAACCAAGAAAUGCCAUACAUUUAAUUUCACCACCUUGUUUACAGACAGAUGAAAUAAAUCUAUUCCAACCAAA